CGCCGCCGUAGCAGCAGCCAGGAUGGGCGACGAGCGGGUGAAGGCGGAGGCGCUGCAGAUCCUGGGCCUCUUCCAGGUGCUCCCGCGCCUCGUCGUCUUCGACCUCGACUACACCCUGUGGCCCUUCUACUGCGAGUGCCGCUCCAAGAGGGAGUCGCCGAGCCUGUUCCGGCACGCCAAGGGCAUCAUGUGCGCGCUCAAGGAGAAGGGGGUCGACAUGGCAAUCGCGUCCCGCUCGCCCACCCCCGACAUCGCCAGGGUGUUUAUCGACAAGCUGGACCUCCAGCCCAUGUUCGUCGCGCAGGAAAUAUUCUCCAGCUGGACUCACAAGACAGAGCAUUUCCAAAAGAUCCAGAGAAAAACUGGGGUUCCUUAUAAGUCUAUGCUCUUCUUUGACGACGAGGACAGAAAUAUUGAAACGAUAUCAAAAAUGGGAGUUACAUGUGUUCUGGUAGACAAUGGAGUAAAUCUUGACAUGUUUAAGUUGGGCCUUAGUAACUUCGCUACCACUGCUGAUGCUGCUGCUGCUGCUGCACCACAAGACAAGUAGCCUUAUUGUAAGUAGAAACAAGACAGACUUAUGGCUUACUAAUACUUGUGGAAAAGAAACUUGUAUUUGGUGUGAUUGAUUGCCUUGCUCAUGAGUAGUAGAGUAAGGAUGACUUGGAAAGUACGGAAGUGCAUAAACUAUUCUUCAUGGUGGCUUGGUUCCUUGCUACAGGAAAUAAAGUUGGAACCAUUAGACUGGAACUGCUACAGAUUGUUGGCCUUGGCCAACUUAUGGUGUAUGCUCUCGAAUUGCUACAUUUGGAAUGUAUUGCUCUUCAGUGUUGUGUCUAAGGCUUGAAGCAACAACAGUCUGCACCUUGUGUAUCUUGUAUGUCAUAUAGCUGUUUUGGUUGC